CACUGGAAAGGUUAUUGCGAUUAGUUCAGACAACCAGAGGCAAGUGACGCACAAGAAAUUGUGAGAAAAGUGUGAGAAAAAGAGUAUUUUCAGCCACUUAAGUUACUGCAGGGCAUUCUGUAGUGUCUUCCCCGUGUUUUGCACUAGUUGGGAUACUUGCGACUCUGUUCAACUCGCUUCUGCAGGUCAUUUUGUGUGUGUACCCCACCGGCCAUAUUGGUGACUCUGCUUAUCGUUAGGCGUAUCGAUUGGGGCGCUCUGUUGUGGCAUUACUAGAGCGGCAUUUCUGCCGGUGUUUUGAGCUAAGUUUGACAAGUUCAGUGGUGAGAUGAGUGAUCGCAAGGAGUCGCAAAUGUCUCCACGGGAUCGGGAGAGGGAACGCGACAGGAGCCGUCGCCAGAGUCGUUUUUCCGAUGCCAAUGCGUCGGACUCCAAUGGGCGGGACCGCAGUCGCGAGCGUCGCCCUGGCGGGAACCGCAUUUAUGUAUCCAAUAUUCCAUACGAAUACCGGUGGCAGGACCUCAAGGACCUGUGCCGGGACGUUGUGGGGGAUGUGAACUUCGUGGAGCUCUUCAACGACGAGCACAACAAGCCGCGUGGAUGCGGCAUUGUGGAGUUCAAGACAAAUGAUUGCGUGUCCAAGGCUAUGGAGAAGCUGAACCGCUACGAGAUCAACGGCAGGCACUUGGUAGUGAAGGAGGACUUCGGGGAUGAGCGCGAUGAGUACGGGCGUGUUGUGCGCGGGGGCGGCGGUGGCGGAGGCGGCGGCGGUGGCGGCGGUGGAAGCGGCGGAGCCAGCCGAGACUAUCGCAGAGACCGCGAUGAUGACAGGCCCCGUCACAGUAGCAGUCAUGGCAAUGAUUACGACGGACCCUACAACACUUACGGUUUAAGCACGUCGUUCUUGGAAGGUUUGGGCAUUUUCGGACCACUCCAUACUAAAGUCUUUGUUGCCAAUUUGGACUACAAGGUUGACGCAAAGAAGUUGAAGCAGGUGUUCAAGCUCGCUGGUCGCGUUGUGAGUGUUGAUUUAUCAACUGACAAGGAUGGUAACAGUCGUGGGUUUGCUGUCGUUGAGUACGAUCAUCCGGUUGAGGCGGUUCAGGCUAUUUCCAUGUUGGAUCGCCAGAUGUUGUAUGAGCGUAGAAUGACGGUUCGCUUGGAUCGCGUGCCGGACAAGAAUGAAGGGAUAAAAUUGCCUGAUGGUUUGAAGGCGAUUGGCAUUGGUCUGGGUCCGAAUGGCGAACCACUGCGCGAUGUUGCUCGCAAUUUGCCCAGCUCGCAACAGCAACAGAAUCCGCCGCAACAAAAUACGACUCCGGUGCCCGUUGCGCCGCCCAACAACCUCAAUGCCACGUCGAGUCUGCUGGGACCCGUGCCCAACAACAGCCUCAGCGGCUUGAGUUCCAAUCUAGCGGCGCUGAGCAAUGUUGUCAACUUGAGUAACUUGUCAGGGGCCCUGUCAAAUCCACUUCUCACCUCCGCCGCGGCCAAUUUGCAGAGUGUUGGCCUCGGCCUUCUCUCCUCUGACAGCACAAACAAUGCAUUCAAUCAGAAUCAAUCCACCUUCAAUACUAACAGCUUUGCCAAUUCCAAUUCCUAUGGGAACUCUGGCAACUCAGGUGGCUCCAAUGCCGGCGUCCGAGAUUUUGACCUGGGCGGCUCUGGUGCCGUUCGCAAUUACAGUACACAGCCACAGGAUGAUUUCUCUGGUCGUGGCGUCUCCAACAGCUACAGCGCACAGAACAGCCUCAGCUCGAGCAACGUGAGGAAGUCUGAUACGAUUGUCAUUAAGAAUCUUCCACCGUCCUGUACGUGGCAAACUCUGAGGGACAAAUUCCGUGACAUCGGAGAGGUGAAAUUCGCCGAGAUUCGCGGACAGGACACUGGGGUUGUGCGCUUCUCCAAGGAACGCGAUGCCGAAUUGGCUAUCAAAUUGAUGGAUGGCUCGCGCUUUGACAAUCAAAUGGUCUAUGUGUCGUUCUUUUAGACUACUCGUAUACGUGUCCUUUACACGAUUUAGGCUUAGGAAUUUCAGAAAUUACCCCUUU